AUGGCGUCGUCGGAUGAUAUGGCCAUGGCAGACCUGGAGACGGGGGAGGAGGAGGAGGUGCUGCGCCGGCUAGGCACGGCGGAGGAGGCGGGCCUCACCGACAACGAGGCCGCGCGACGCCUCCGCCUCCACGGCCCCAACGUCGUCGUCCUCUCGCACCACGAGGGCAGCAUGCUUCAAAGAUUCCUGACGGCGCUCUUCUCGCUCUGGGGAUGGAAUCAUGUCUUCCCCAAGUACAAUAACAUGGUCCGGAUCAUACUUAACUCCAUGUCGUGGGUUACAGUACUGACUACAAUGGUGUCUCUUGCCAUCACCUCAGCUGGCCAAAGAUCAUGCGAGAUGGCCAUCGUAAUUUUCAUAGUAGCUACAAGCCUCAUAGCAUGCUUUAUUGCAAAGCUUGUGUUAGAGUAUGCUAAGGCUCCACUGGAGACCAAGGCCCACGCACCAAGGGCCAAGGUUCUGAGAGAUGGGAGGUGGAGAGAUGUACAUGCAGCAAAUCUGGUCCCAGGGGAUAUCAUAUUUCUCAAGGUUGGGGACAUCGUCCCAGCCAAUGCUCGUGUACUUCGGUUUCAGAAAAUCGACACAAUGACUUGCUGGGCCAAAAGGUCUGUUGAUUGUGCGCAUGGCUUCCUCAUAUACUAUGCUUGGACUGUUUCCUGUGGCCAAGGAACUGCUGUUGUCAUUGCAACUGGCCGUGGCAUUCCCGGAAGCACACUGCGGCUCUACCCACAACGUUAUGCUCGACCUGGGCAGCUUAAAGAAGGAGUCAUGCUUGCUGGCUGCUUCUGUGCUUCCCUAAUACUUGUUGGCACUAUUGCUGAGAUAGUGUUAAACUUUUUGUUCCAGAAACAAAACUGCAGUGGCAUACCACUCAACGCCCAUUUUAUGCCAUUGAUUGGUGGAAUUCCGAUGGCAAUGCCUACUUUUCUCUACUUGGCAUUGGCAUUGGGAUCUGUGAGGCUUUGUUUUCUGGGGAUUGCUAGCCGAGGGACAGUUGCACUUGAAGAUCUAGCAAGUAUGGAUGUAAUCCUCUUCAACAUGACUGGUACUUUAACUUGUAAUCAGCCCUGUUUUGUCCGGGACAAGAUUGAGAUGUUUGCAGAUGGUGUUAAUAAAGACCGUGCCAUAAUUUUAGCUGCACGGGCGUCGAGAUCUCAACAUGAGUUGUACAUCGAACCAAUUGAUGCAGCUAUCCUACGCCUCCUUGAUGAUCCAGAACAGGCACGAUUUGGUGUUGAAGUCUUAGAGCACCAUGCCUGUUUCUUUGUUGCACUGAAGCUGAUGUUCCAGACUACAUACAUCGAUGAAAGCAAUGGGUCCAAGUGCUGCGUAUUCAAAGGUGAUCCUGCAAAGGUUGCCCAUCAAUGUGGCUGCAGCAAAGAAGUUAAAGAGAAAAUAAGCAUGAUAAUGGAUGAACUUGCUCUUGAUGGAUAUCAGGCCAUAGCUGUAGGACAUCAAGUAGACUCAUGUUGGGAGUUUAUUGCCCUUCUGCCUUACACAGAUGACCUUAGAAGUGAUAGUGCUGAUGCUAUUGAUAGCCUUAUCGAUCUGGGUUUAGAUAUAAGAGUCCUCACAGAGAGCACAUUGUCGACCACAAAGCAGGUUUGUGGAAAGCUUGGAAAACUAGGCACCAAUGUGGUACCUGCACAUUCAGUGUUUGAGUUAGCUCGCAAUAACAGAGAAGUCCAUUCAAACAUCAACGGGAUUUCUGAUCUCUUUCCAGAGGACAAAAGCGAUAUAGUAAGAAGACUAAGAAAUUUUGGUUGUCAUUGUGCAAUGGUUGGGUAUGAAUUUCUUGAUCAUGAUGCCAUAGGAGAAAGCCAUAUUGGAAUUUCAGUUGCUGAUGCAACUGAUUACACAAAAAGUGAAUCUGAUCUUGUUUUGACUCAGCCUGCGCUGAUACCUGUUUUUUCGGCUGUACAAAUCAGUAGGAAGAUUUGUCAGAUGAUGAGAAGCUACACUAUAUUCACCAUUUCAUCAACUGUCCAUCUUUUUGGUAUCCGUGUCAUUUUACAUUUAUGGAACUUUGACUUGUCAAGUAUCCUGGCUUUCAUGAUUACCGCUUGUAAUUACUGUACAUCCUUCGCAAUGUUAUUCGAAAGGGUGGAAUUGAACAAGUCACCAGAUAAAUGGAGAGUACAGAAAAUCAUUACAAGUGGUGCUGCUUUUGGAAGCUACAUAGUUCUUACUACAGCCAUUUUUUAUAGGGUUGCAAGAACUGCAAACCCUUUUGCAUGUAAAUUCAAACAUAUAUCACUGAUGGGCAGUGAUGAGGAAAUCAGAGCUGCUUUGUUCCUUCAGAUGAGCACAGUAAACCAGGCUAUUGCACUCUUUGUUCAUUCUGAUGGUUGCUGCAUCACAAGAUGCCCUGGGCCUUUUGUCAUAUUUGCCUUUGUUGUUUCCCAAAUGGUGGCCACGCAAAAAGUUGUCCAUGGCGAUUUGAAUUUUGCACUAACAAAGGGUAUCGGCUGUGUUAGGGCUGGAUUGAUAUGGUUGUACAACUUAGUCCUACUUUUGACCCUGGUUUUAGCUUGUCGCAAAUGGAGACGCACAAAGAUGACUAGUAAAAAGUUGUUGACAAUAUGCAUGCGUUCAGCUAUCCUACGCAUAGUUCUUAUCUGGUUUCUGUACGUGAUACUUGAUGUUAGGGUGAUGUUUAGUGUUUGCAGUGGCAUGCUUCACGAUGGUUUUGGCAGUCACCGUGAUUUAGCACUGGGUCAUUGUGUUUGUGGCCAGCGGUGA